AUGUUUAAAGAUCUGCAGGAUGAGUCUUUAGUCAUUGGAAUGGGGAGAAGAGAGAUGACCCAAGCAAUGACACCAACGUGCGUAUCGAAGGGUUUCAGGAGCCAGUAUCGCUGUUGUGUGGGUAGUGGUUGUCUGGCUAGUCGAGACAAGGACCUACUGGUACUCAGUGCCCAUGCGGGUUUGGCCACCAGUAUCUCGCUCCCCCAUCCAUCAAAAGCCGAGAUUGACCGAGAUCUUGAGACGGUGUACGGAGUACUGUGUAUCAUUCAUUAUACCAAGAUGAGUCAGUUUCCUGAUGACGGAAUCAGAUGUCAUGAUGAUUGUCCCGAGCCGUGUUGA